AUGAAAAAAGAAAAAAGAAAAGUACGGUCAGUGAAACUUCAAGUCAAUCGAAUAAAAAAAGCUACUAAGUCUUUGUGCAGUGAAAAAAAUUGCGUAAAUACGAUCUUUGAAAAUUCAAUGCUCGGCGACGAAAUUAAGAAAUUACGUAAAACUAUAGAAGAUCAAUACUCAAUUAUUGGAACUUUUAGCGUCUCUGAUAGUAUACAAAAAUUAAAGGCGAUUUUAGAACAAAACGCGAAGAAUGAAAUUGUUGAUAGAAAACUAAACGAAAGAUAUUUGUUGACCGUUGAAUUAAAGGAACUUGAUAUGGCUCUGAUAACAGUACAACAAGAACUGGAAAAUACCUCGAAACAAUUUUCCUUAUUGGAAAAGGAACGACGCGUGUUGGCACAUUUGAUGACAUCUACUUACCAAGAGAAAAAUAAAAACGUUGAACAAUAAAAUCGUAAUUUUUAGGUGUAUUUUA